UACGGUCCGACAUGAGACAACCUCAGUGCAGUGACAGCGCUAAAAAGCGCUAAGCCUGAACAGACCUUCUAAUUACAUGAAAAUGUUCCUCAGCCUAUCGUGUAUUUAUGAUGAUCUCGUCUUUUUUCCCAAGUCGAGUUAUUGGUUUUACAAAAACCCAUAGGGUUUUCGAGGUAAUUCGCGUUUUUCUCCCCCAUAAGAGCACUUUUUCCAUAACAUAAAGUCAUAUUCGAAAUCACCGUGAAAAACUACGUCGAAUGAUACAUAGCUUUUUAAUUUUUCUGCAGAAAUAUUUUCGGUCAAACUGAAUUCUACAGUUGAAAGCCUGUCCGCAGCAAAUUUUGCUUAGGAAGUUGGAUAUUUAUUUUAGCAAUAGUGCGCAAGUGUAUAAACACAUUUUUUAUAGGUUUUCGAAUAUGAUCUCUCCAAUAGUGAGGUUUUCGAAAUGUAAGGUUUUCCAGAGAUCUGGUCUCUAGAAAACCCACAAGGAAUUACUUCUGAGUUCUGAAAAUCUCAUCAUUAGAAAGAGCAUAUUCGAAAACCAAUAGAAAAACAUGUUUAUAGGCUUUCAUAUCAGUUCUACAGCAUAUGUUCGCCUGCUCUAUAGAAAAAUGCCCACUGAGCGCCCCUCCCUCCUCUCCCAGAAUAGAAGGCCAUGGCCUUCUACUAUGGUUUUGCACAUGGUGUUAUACGACUUCUGUAAUCAUGUUUUCUGUUAGAUAUUCGUUAAGCAUUAGAAAUUGUUAUAUAUCGUUUAGAAAAUGGCAAACGUCUUGCCUCUGUUGGUCUGGAUGAUUAUCGUACAAUUGUUAUUUGGAACUGGAAAAAAGGUGAUAAAUUAGCUUCACAAAGAGGACACAAUGAUAAAAUAUUUUGUUUACGAUGGAAUCCAUAUGAUGAUGAUAAAUUUGUGACUGUUGGAAUUAAACAUAUUAAAUUUUGGCAGCAAGCUGGUGGAGGAAUGACAAGUAAACAGGGAGUUUUUGGAACUAAAAAUAAAAAAGAAAAUCAAAUGUGUAUAGUAUAUGGAAAAUCAGUUGAAACGUGUAUCACGGGAGGUGGCGAUGGUUCAAUUUAUAUUUGGACAAAUUCAACUUUGGGUAAAGUUAUAAAAGACGCACACAAAGGUCCAGUGUUUGCAAUAACAGCCGUUCAAGAUAAAGGUUAUGCAACUGGUGGCAAAGAUGGACGUAUAAUACUAUGGGAUCCAGAAUUUCAAAAAAAUAUCAAAACAUACGAGUUAAUAAAAAAAAAUAUAUUACCUGAUUCGAAAGGAACAAUAAUAGAAGAGUAUCCAGCUGUUCGAGCUGUUACAUUAACAAGACGAAUUGUUGUUGGUACAAAAAAUGGUGAAAUAUUAGAAAUUGAAAAAGAUGGUAAAAUAAAAGUGCCUGUUGAAGGUCACGCUGAAGGUGAAAUGUGGGGCUUAGCAUGUCAUCCAUCUAAACAUGAAUUUUGUACCGUCAGUGAUGAUAAAACCGUUCGAGUAUGGUCAAUCAAAGAUAGAAAAAUGUUACGUUUUAAAUCAUUUCCUAAAUUAUUGCGUACAUGUGAAUAUUCACAAGAUGGAAAAGCAAUUGCCGUUGGAACGAAAGACGGUCAAUUUAUUAUUUUAAAUUCAAGUGAUCUCAGCAAUCUUAUUCCAGAAUUUAUUGCUCAUAGACAUCAAGAAAUGUCCGAUAUAAAAUACUCACCAGACGGUCAUUAUUUAGCUGUGGGUACUCACGAUAAUUUUGUUGACAUCUACAAUGUUGCAACUAGUAAACGAGUUGGAAUAUGCAAGGCAAAUUCAAGUUAUAUUACACAUAUCGAUUGGGAUCAAGAUAGUAAACUAAUAAUGACUAAUUCUGGUGCAAAGGAGCAAUUGUUUUAUGAAGCUCCACGUGGUACUCGUAUUACAUCAAUUAAAACAACGGAUGUUGAAAAAAUGAAUUGGUAUACGUGGACCGGUGUACUUGGUCUUGUAUGUGAUGGUAUUUGGCCACCAUAUACAGAUAUAACAGAUGUAAACUCGACACAUUUGUCAAAAAGUAAAAAAAUUUUAGCUACGGGUGAUGACUUUGGCUUAGUUAAAUUAUUUGAUUGGCCAGCAAAAGGCAAAUUUGCUAAAUUUAAAAAAUAUGUGGGACAUAGUGCUCAUGUGACACGAGUACGCUGGACAUUCGAUGAUGGUUAUCUAAUUUCAAUCGGUGGGCGAGAUGUAGCAACACUUGUAUGGAAACAUGGGCAAAAAAAUACUGGUCCAGGAGAAUCUGAUGAUUCGGAUAAUACAGAUUCCGAAGAAGAAGGAUACGAUAGUGACGUUGAACAUGAUCGUAAAAUGAAUUAUAAUACUCGUAUUCUUAUUGAAUCUACUCGUACAAAAGACGAAAAACAUAUAUCUCGACCUACAACAACGAAUCAAAAACCAAUAUCCCAACAUGAUAUGGCAAAAGUACGGCUACGUGUAAAAGGUCCAUCCAACGUUGAACAAGAUGUUGAUUUGCAACUUGUUAUGCUUGCAGCUAUGAAGUCUGGUUUGAGUUUUGGAAAAUCGACCGCACCUAAACCCAAAACAACUGCAGAAGAGAAUCAGGGUGUACGAAAACCAAAAGGACGUGUAGUAGUACGUAUUAAAGAUCUUCGUCUUGAUCAUAUUCAUGGUUAUCGUGGAUUCGAUUGUCGAGAUAAUUUAUUUUAUUUGGCUGAUGGUGAAUCAAUUGUUUAUCCAGCCGCAGGUACUCAACGAUUUUAUACAUCGCAUACAGACGAUAUCAUAUCAAUGGCGAUAUAUAAUAGUGAUAGUCUUAAAAAUAUUGUGGCGAGUGGUCAAAUUGGUGAAAAUCCAACAAUACACGUUUGGGAUGCUCAAACUCAAAAAACACGUUCAGUACUUAGUGGAUGUCAUAAAAAAGGCGUAUGUUCACUGAGCUUUUCAUCCAGUGGAAAAUUUUUGGUAUCAGUUGGGGUUGAUGCACCAUUUACUAUAGCUGUGUGGAGAUGGCAAGAAGGAAUAAAUAUCGCGCAUACUGUUGGUAGUACAGCACGUAUAUUUCGUGCUCUAUUUCGACCUGAUUCUGAUACAUACUUUGUAUCGGUUGGUGUUAAACAUCUAAAAUUUUGGUCUCUUGCUGGUAAUACAUUGGUUGAGAAAAAAGCUGUACUAACCGUACAAGGAAGUGGAAAGAAAAGUUCAAAAAUGCAAACAAUGUUAUCAAUUGCUUUUGGACCGAAUGAUCGAACAUAUACGGGUAGUAUGACUGGUUUAGUAUUUAUUUGGAAUAUUAAUACCCUUGAACGAACAGUCGAAGCACAUCAUGGUCCAAUAUUUUCAAUGUUUACAUCUGAUAAGUGUAUUGUGACUGGUGCAAAAGAAAAACGUUCAAAAAAUUCGAAUACAAAAUUGAUACCAGUUAAAGUAUGGGAUUUCGAGAUGAAAAAUGGAAAACCGAUUUCAUUUGAUACAAUGAAUACCGAUUCAAUUUGUGUACGAUCUGUUUGCAGAAAUCCACAAGGUAAACUACUGAUUGGUUUAAAAACAAGUGAUAUUGUCGAAUUAAAUGAAAAUAAUUCACAACUUACUGGUUCGCUGGUAUUUGGUCAUGGUGAAGGUCAAUUAUGGGCACUCUCAUCUCAUCCAACGGAACAAAUAUUUGUCACAGGAAGUUUUGAUCAUAAUGUAGCUGUUUGGGAUAUUGGUAAUAAGGUAACCCUUAUUGUUAAACGUGAUUUGGGUAAAGAAAUUCGAAGUGUAUCAUUCAAUAGAGAUGGUACGGUAAUUGCUGUUGGUUUUACAGAUGGUCAAAUAAGUCUACUUCGAUUUUCUGACAAUAAAGAAUUGACAGAGAUAAUUAAAACACGUGAACGAAAUGCUCCUAUCACUGAUGUCCGAUUUAGUCCUGAUCGUAAAUUAUUAUGUGCUUCAUCUAAUAAUUGUUGUAUUGAUAUAUUUGAUAUUCAAAAUAAUCAACUAAAUAGAAUAGGCUAUAUAACACAUAUCGAUGAUUUUGUCACACAAAUGGACUGGGCAACCAAUAGUAAAUAUAUCAGAGCAAGUACAGCGGGUUAUCAUGCUAUUGUUUAUCGUAUACCAAGUGGAGAAGAAGUAGAAAAAAAAGAAGAACUUGAAAAAAUUGUAUGGGAUACAUGGACUAGUACAAUUGGUGCUGAUGCUGUUGGAAUAUGGCCAAAAGGUGUAAAAAAAGAUCAUGUAAAUUGUGCUCAUGCUACAGCAUCAACAAUUGUAACUGGAGAUGAUGCAGGUGCUGUUAAACUUUUUAAAUUUCCAUGUCCUGAAGCAGAGGCUGAAUGUAAAACAUACCAUGGUCAUUCUGAUAAUGUAACAAAUGUACGAUUUUUAGCAAAUGAAACAUAUCUAGUCACUCUUGGUGGAGAUGAUUGUUGUACUGAACCCCUUCAGAGUUGGUCAACAUCGAUUACACGUCCAAAAUCGAGUUUACCAUCAAAAGAUGCCUUUGAUAUGUUUCAAGCCGGAAUGAAACAUAAAAAAUCGACUCAAUCAGAUAUUCAACAUAAUCGAAUACCAAUAUCAUAUCAAAAUAAUUUAACAAAACAACAAAAAAUAAUUUUAAAUUCAAUUCAUCAUACAUCACCAAUAUUAGAUUUUCCUCCAAAUGAUGGAUAUGUUUCUCAUAUCAAUUCUCUUCGAAGUUCACCAAUACCUCGUUUAAGAUCUGGCUAUAUUCGAUCUAAUUCUCGAUUCAAAACGACUAAAUCUCAGACAUCAUCAACUUCAUCUACUACACAGUCAAAUAUUAUCUCAUUUCCAAGUUUAGAAUCAGUUCCGUUUUAUCAAAAUCCAUCUGUAUUAAAUAAAAAAAAACAAUUAACAACGACUAAUACAAUUAAAAAUCGUCAUCAACGUCAGCAAGAAACGAAAGUGAAUGAAUCAAAAAAAGUUCAACAAACAUUAGUUGAAAAAUAUUCAAAUUCUGAUAAAUGGUAUGAACUUCGACAAUCAUUAAUUGAACUAAAACGGUUAGCUUCAAGUCAAAAUAUUUUAAUUGAUCCUACUAUGUCUCUUUUCAACUGUGAUGGAUAUUCAUUUUCAUCAUUGAAAUUCAUCAUGGAUCAAGAACAGCAACAACAACUUAAGAAUCGAGAUCAAACAUCUGACUGUGGUACAUCCAGCUCUGUAGUCAAUUCUGUUCUUUCAAAUGAUUCUCCAUCGGAGCUCGAUGCGGAAUCUUCUCUACAUAUGUCAUCUGGUAGAUUUCGUGACAAGAACAAAACAUCGGCAAGUAUCACCUUUCAACGUCCCGCUUUUGAACCAUUACAAAUCGGACAAAAACCUAUUUAUACAACUGUUUCUAAAAGACCACCAAAAAGAUUUCAACGUCCAUUGACAGCUGCUGUGAUGACUAGACGAAAAACGUCUACUCCUACUCCACCAUUAGUGAAUAAUCGUGAUUAUCUUAUUGUUUCUGAUUUAUCUCACACAAGUACAAGAGAUGAUAAAUUAGUGACACCAGCGCCAACAAUGGAAUUGCCUAAAGUUGUUGUUAUUGAUGAAGAAAAUGAUGAUGUUAAAUCAUUGACAACUACAAAUCCCAUAAUACCACCACCAGUUAUACGUCCUCCAUCCGCUUCCUCAACAGCAUUAAUGUUAAAAUUAAAAUCAACACCACGUUGUCGUAGUGCUUGUACAACACCGACACAUACAAACGGUAUUAUUGAAAUAUCAAAACUUAAUAAUAAAAUUAAAUAUAGAUUUAUAUUAAUAACAGAUGAAGAACAUCGAAUUGAAAGUUGGUAUUAUCAAUAUCCAUUUAUGUCAAGUGAUGAUCUAUUAUUGUGUUGUAGUAAUAAUGAACAGAAACAAAAAAAUGCUAAUAAUACAAUAGCAGCCUAUUUUAUUGGUGAUGAAACACAAAAACGUAAUUAUUUGAAUUCAAAUGAUAAACUCUAUCUUAGUGGUAAACCAUUUCAUAUUGUUAAUGACUGGAAAAAAUAUGAUCUUAUAUUUAUAUCGAAUAAUGUUUAUGAUCAAAUAAUGAAAUAUUUAGCAAGUAUUCUACGUGAAAAAAGAAUAUUUCAAGUUAAUCAUGAUGAUGAUCUUAAAUUACAAAUAAAAACUAUAUGUAGAAAUUUACAAAACUCAAUUGUUCUAUAA